GUGUCAUAAGUCGACCUUUACCAGCCAAACAAAGACAAGGGGGCGUGGUAGGUUAGCUAUUGUAAACUUUUGGCUUGACUUGUCUGGCUUGCUCUAGAUCCUCACAAGACAAGACAAUAUGGCUGUAUCAGGAGCAGUAGGCAGUGUGCCUGGCUACUAUAGAGAAGUGUUUGUGUCCAUGUGUCCCUCUGGUAGCUCCGGUCGUGAGGGCUCUAGCAGUAGGGUACCUAGAGAGAUAUGGCUCAAGUGUGCUACCACAGCCUCCCUGCCCCAGACAACCCUCAACCAGAUAUGGACACUAUGUGACUCUGGGGAGAUUGGAUCCUUGAAUCGUGAUGGACUCUACAAAUCACUUGCUCUGUUAGCGAUCGCUCAGCAGGGCAAAGCUGUUGACAAGAGCAGUCUGUCCACACUUGACACUUCAGAGAUGCCUGUGCCAGUGUUAGGUCCUACUAGUGAGCUAGCAGACAUUUCUCUCUCCCUGAUCAAAGGAGAAGGGGCAGUUAAACUAUUACUAAGUUACGACGAUAUCAAGGCAAUGGAUGAUGUUUCAGUUACUCUCAUUCCUGAGAAGAAAGGAAUGGUUUUCAAGCACGUAGAGUACCUCGUGGAGAGCAAGGAGCUCCAGUCUUCUGUGCGGAGACGUUAUAGAGACUUUGAGGCUUUCUAUGACAUUCUCAUAGUCGUGUAUCCAUACAGACUGGUCCCCAAGAUGCCUCCUAAGAAGCUGAUGUCCACUGCUGCAGCCUUUAUAGAGCAACGUCGUCGUGCUCUCAAGAGAUUCCUCACGCUGGUGGUACGUCAUCCAGUCCUCUCAGAGGAUGAAGCUGUCAAGUUCUUCCUGACUGCCGGUGGAAACGAGGUGGGGGCGCGUAUUAAAGACAGGUUCAAGAGUGCCUUAGAGGAGUACAACACUCACCCUCAGGCUGAAACAGCAGAGGAGUUAGUCAGUGAAGAGACGAGGAUAAAGUUUGAGAGAGUACAAGAGCAAAUCUCUCUCAUGCACAAGUUGGUAUCGUCCAUGCUCUCAGUGGCACACAAUAUGGAGUCCCGUUCUCUAGCCUUUGGUUCUGACAUGAAGACGUUCGCCUCCAAUAUGAUGACCCUCUCCAGUGAUAGUGUUCUCAUGAGCUCUUGGACCUCAGGUUCUGAUGAUAAAUGGACCCACUUGCAGCGGGAUUGCCAUUCCCUCUCUGGGAUGUUCAACACUCUCUCUGAGACUGCCCACAGUCAGGGAGUGAGAGAGACCUCUGGGUUCACAGAGAGUGUGAAUCUGUUCUUAGAUCUCAUCAGUUCUUAUCAGGAUCUGUGUGAUCGACGGGAUCGUACUGUGCACAGGAAGCAUCAGAAGGCAUUGGCUAAAGUACACACUCUGGUCAACUAUAAAGAGAGGAGGGAGGCAUUGGGCAAGCAAAUAUCUGAGAAGGAUGAUGGUCGCAUUAUCAAGAGAGAUGAUGAUCUCCUAGAGAUAGAGAAGAGGAACUUCUUCUCCUUAUUCUGUCUUGAUCAGGAGGCCCAGCUCAUCCACGUCAACCUCUCCCAACUCAGUGAGAUAUUCAAGCAUCUAGUACACACUCAAGUCAAGGGACAAACAGAGUAUCUAGCGUGUUGGGAUGAGAUCAAAGGAGUAGUGGAUGGGAUGGGAGGCACUGGAAUACACUCUCCCACACACACUUCACCAGAAGCCAGUCUCAAGACAAGGGAACAUUCUAGAUCACCGUUCAUGUAAAAACAUAUUAAAAUUACCAGAGACAAAGUCUAUAUCAUGUGUGUGCGUAGUAAUGUGUCUAGAGAGAGUUCAUAGGUCAAUGUUGUGUCUAUUCCUUUGUGAGUUUAUAUUCGUCUGUUUAUAAUAAUUGUUCAACUUG